CCAGAAACUAAGAUGGAAAGAAGGGAAGGAAAUGCCAUGCCCUUCCACAGAGUUUACAAUUCCAGCAUCUUGGGUUACCCAACAUAUAGGCCAAUUCUCCCCUACCGCAUGUACCACUUCUCUUCCAUGUCACCAUACCAGCAGCAGUUUCUGGAGAGGACCAGAAGCUACAUGCGCAUCUUCUGUGCUGGCCUCUUGGGCUUCAUCUUUGUCCUGCUGAUGUGCUUGUCCCCUUUACAUUGGGUGCAGUUCAUGGUAAUGAAAGAUAAGAAGAAGCUCUUUGCGGGGCUCUGGACCGUAUGCCACCAUGAUCUCUGCUGGAGCCAUGUGCCAAAAGCACCCUACUACCUCCAAUACUCCAGGGCCUUCUUCCUCAUCUCUGUCUUCAUCAUCCUCAUUAUUAUUAUAUGGCUCAGCAUCUCUCCCACCAAAGGGCCAGGAGACAAAACCUACAUAGAUCUGGGCAUAUCCAUCUUCUCCUUCAUCUCAGGCACCUGCCUACUCCUCUGCCUCAUUUUGUUCCUGAUGCAAGUGAAAUUGUACAGUAGGAACGUCUUGGAGUCCCAUUUCUUAUUAGCCUACCGCCUCAGUUGGUGGGGCAGUGUCUUCUACAUGAUAGCUGGGUUCCUCUCUGGACUCAAUCACAUAAGUUCUCGGGUUUCUUCUCCAGAUCAAAAUCUCCUUGUGAUUCCUAUAACAAGGACAAGAAUAGGAAAUAUAACCAGAGUAGACCAGAGGCUAACUGAAACAAAUGUAGGUGUUUCUACGUGUAUGAGUCAGGCACCAGAAAGGCAGCUGGGUUCAGUGGUACAAUCAAGUGUCUGUGUAGAGAAAGGGACUCAGACACAGGCAGUAACCCCAAAAGUGCUAGAAAGUCAGAUUGAACCAGAGGUCCAGGCUGAGUCAGGGACCCAUACAGAGCCAGAGAUAGGAAGUGAAUCAGCAAUAAAAGAUGGGUUAAUAACUACAAGGUUAGCUACUGAGAUAGAACCAAUUAACACAGUAGAGCCAAGGCCUGAGGCAGAGGGAAUUGGGAGUGUGGCUGAAGAUAUGUCAAGCAAUACCCUUCAGGGUAAUGAAAACAAAAUGACCAAAAACUGGGAUUAUGAGGAUAUAGAUUCAGCUGAGAAAAAUGAGGAUGACAAGACAAAAAAUUAA